AAGACCCAGGGGAAGGCCAAAGCUCAGGUGCCCACAUGAUCAGCACAGCCAGGGUACCUGCGGAUAAGCCAGUACGCAUCGCCUUCAGCCUCGAUAAUGCCUCAGAUGAUACACCUCCUGAAGACGCCAUUCCUCUGGUCUUUCCAGAAUUAGACCAGCAGCUACAGCCUCUGGCGCCUUGUCAUGACUCCGUGGAAUCCAUGCAGGUGUUCAAACAACACUGCCAAAUAGCAGAAGAAUACAAUGAGGUCAGAAAGGAAAUCGCUCUGCUUGAGGAAAGGAAAAAGGAGCUCAUUGCCAAGCUGGAUCAGGCAGAAAGGGAGAAGGUGGAUGCUGCUCAGCUGGCCCGGGAAUUCGAGGAGCUGAUGGAGGAGAACCGGACGUUGAAGUUGGCUCAGUCCCAAUGUGUCGAGCAGCUGGAAAAACUUAGAAUUCAGUAUCAGAAGAGACAGGGCUCGUCCUAACUUUGAACGAGUCAAUGUGAGCGUAGAAGGAAGAUGUGAUCAUCCUGUACAUCAGGGUAGAAAACGAAAACAAACAAACAAAAAAAUAGAAUAUUGACUGACUCGGCUAAGAAUCCUGAACAGAAUUGAGCCAUGAAACAAACCAGUAAGAUGCUCGCUGCAGUUUCAUAGCUGUGUAUUUUUAAAUUUCACGUCUUGACUAUUUCAACUGUGCUCGAACCUGAAGUCAGCAACGUCUGCACACCUAUUUAUAUUCACCAGAGUUAGGUUUAAUCCCUCAAUGAUUGAUUGUACUAAGAAUAAAUGGUUGCGCAUCAUAAAAGCUUUCUCAUGAAAAUAUUAGCAGAAAGCAUGUUUGUGCCAAAAGCACAUCUACCAGUGCUAACUUGCUUUGUAAUAAAAAGCUGAUAAGGCUGCAUUUCUUUUACGCCACGUUACCAACCAGUAAACAUCUCUGCCUUUGCUUGUGUGUGUUCUGGGGGCAUGGGGGGGCAUGGAAAAGGAUUGUUUGGAUAUGACUUUCGUGAGUUCCCAUGAAAACAUCAGUAAAGCUAUAACUCUGACUUUGUUUUGGGUUUCAGGAGAUAUUUUGGAUCAGUAAUAACGAAUACGAAUAUAUGAAUAAAUUCAGGAAUAAAAUGAUUUUUCCCUUGUUCCACCUAUCACCUUAUUUCCCCAAACUGAUCUCUUUGUUUUAUGUCCAUUUCUACUCAUGUAACUUCUUUUUCAUUAAACAUGAAUCAAAACUGUCAA